CCGCCGCCGCUCGCCAUGGGCCCGGGUCGCCGGCUGCUGCUGCCUCUGGCGCUCUGCGUGGGGCUCGGCGCGCUCGCGCCUGCCGCGGGGGCCUCGGGCAGCAGGCGAGGCCCCACCGUGACCGCCAAGGUCUUCUUCGAUGUGAGGAUCGGAGACAAAGAUGUUGGCAGAAUUGUGAUUGGCCUCUUUGGAAAGGUUGUGCCUAAGACCGUGGAAAAUUUUGUCGCUCUGGCAACAGGGGAGAAAGGAUACAGCUAUAAGGGAAGCAGAUUUCAUCGUGUCAUCAAAGAUUUCAUGAUUCAAGGAGGAGACAUCACCAGUGGAGACGGCACCGGCGGUAUAAGCAUUUAUGGUGAGACGUUUCCAGAUGAAAACUUCAAACUGAAGCAUUAUGGCAUUGGUUGGGUCAGCAUGGCCAACGCUGGGCCUGACACCAACGGCUCUCAGUUCUUUAUCACCUUGACCAAGCCCACUUGGUUGGAUGGCAAACAUGUGGUAUUUGGAAAAGUCCUUGAUGGAAUGACUGUGGUCCACUCCAUAGAACUUCAGGCAACCGAUGGGCACGACCGUCCGCUCACUGACUGCUCCAUCGUCAACAGUGGCAAGAUAGACGUGAAGACUCCUUUUGUGGUUGAGGUCGCUGACUGGUGAUAAAACAGGCAGAAAACAAGGAAGACACUCUGGCAGGGAUUUGUGUGUGUGUGUGUGUAUGUGUGCAUGCAUGUGUGUGCGUGCACACGAGCUUGCACCCAUGUGUGUCUUUUGAUUCUCCAAAGUUACUGUUUUGCUUUGUUUUUUCACUUCUGUGUCUCACCCUAGAUCACAGGAAAGUUCCAAACAUCAACCACUCAGUGUUUAGUUUACAUAAAUUGUGGUAAAUCACUUGUUUAAGGACUUGGCACUUACAAGACCUAUCCUCUUCCUCCAAUGGUGCUAUUUUUAAAUUAGAAAACUUUGUAUCUUCUGUUUCCUUUUGAACACAAUCAUUCAUUAUUUUGCUGAAUUAAUUGUGAUCCCCACAGUGAACGACACUGAAGAUUUGUCUGAAGAAGAUGCGGUGUGAAGUUUGUUUUUUUGUAUUCAAACAGAAAUUCUUUGCAGUUAAAGAGAGAUUUGAUGAGUAUAAUCUGAUAUAUGUCAUAGGGACUUUUACCUGAUAAAAGGUGCUCUUGUGUCCUCUAUAUUAAAUGCUUUUUAUAUAGGUCAA